AUGAGUGCAGGUGGUUCUACAGUUAAAGGCCCUAACGUUUUAAUUAUUGGUGCUGGUGGUGUAGGAGUAAUCACAGCCUAUUCUUUAUGGUUUAAGAACAAAUGUAAUGUGUCAGUUGUAAUUAGAUCUGAUUACGAAAUUGUUAGCCAAGUAGGUUAUAGUAUUGAUUCCUGUGAUUACGGUAAAAUUGAAAAUUGGAGACCACAUUCUAUCCAUAAAACUAUUGAAGAUUCCCUAAGUUCAAAAAUUUUUUACGAUUUUAUUGUAGUCACUACCAAAAACAUCCCAGAUGGACCAGUUGCCUCAAGAGUAUCAACUAUACUGAGACCAAUUUUAACUUCAAACACUGAAAUUGACCCAAAGAAAGAGUCAAAUAUUCUAUUAAUUCAAAAUGGUAUAGAUCUAGAGAACGAAAUUAUACAAACUUAUUCAAGAGAUGAAUUAGAAAACGUUACAUUAUUAUCUGGUAUACAAUUUAUCGGCUCUACCAAAAUUGGUCCUGGAAAAAUCCAUCAGUUAGGCAAAGAUCGUUUAUUUGUUGGGGGCUUUGAUUCUUGCGAUAUUAAAGCAAGAAAUGCAUCCCAAGAAUUUAUUGAGAUAUAUUCAAAUGAAGGCUAUAAUAUAGUCGAAUUUGAACCAAGGGUUCGUUAUGCAAGAUGGAAAAAAUUACUCUACAAUGCUGCGAUUAAUACCACAACUGCUCUGGUCCAAUUAGACGUACCACGUACUUUAGAAUUUGCCAAGAAUAAAGAUCAUACUGAAAAAUUUAUUUAUGAGCCUGCAAUGCGUGAAAUAAUUGCAAUUGCAGCUAGUGAAGGUAUUAUAAUUGAAGAAGAAUUCAUUGAUUUCUUUAUUAAUAUUUCAAGAAAUUUGUUAUUUAAGCCAUCGAUGUGUGUUGAUCGUGAAAAGAAUCAGUUAAUGGAACUAGAAAUAAUUUUAGGUAAUCCAAUAAAAGUAGCUGAAAAAAAUAAUGUUCCUGUACCAACAUUAUUUUUAUUAUAUAACUUAUUAACCUUAGUUCAGAGUAAGUUAAAGGAAGAGCUAGGAUUAUUAAAAUUUGAUGAAAAAACCUUGAAACUACAAUCAACUACAUGA